UGCCAAUCUGCAUUGUCGCUCGCUUUUUCUUUCUCACGAUCCCGAUCGGAUCCGCUCUUGACGCGUGGCAUCUGCUGUAGCAUCAACGGCCCCAGUGAGCCUCCCAUACUUGUUCGGCGGUAAAAAGUCUUCAAGUUAGUCCUUCUCUUCCAGACCAUUUUGACCAUUCCAACAAAUCACACAGAAAGAAAACUCUGCUUCUUCUUCCCCCAAAUUCCUCCGUCCCCCGCCAUUGGCCCAUUGCUAUAAAUCCCCGCGGCUCUCUUCUCUUCAAUCCUAUCCAACAAUCAAAAUCAAAACUCUGAUCUCUCUCUCUCCACCAAUUUCCAUCUCAAUCAGUUUCCUCCAGCCAAAAUGCACAAAGUGACUUCAACUUCGUCGCUGGGUCCGGGCGGCCUGGACCUAACCCAGUCCUUCUUCAAGCCGAUCCAGAACACGGCCCCUCCGUCCCCCACAAAGCGGCACACCAAGAUCUCCGUCAUCGGCGUCGGCAACGUCGGAAUGGCCAUCGCGCAGACCAUCCUCACCCAGGACCUAGCCGACGAGCUCGCCCUCGUCGACGCCGUAAAAGACAAGCUCCGCGGCGAGAUGCUCGACCUCCAGCACGCCGCUGCUUUCCUUCCGCGCACCCAGAUCCUCUCCUCGACCGAUUACUCCGUCACCGCCGGAUCUGACCUCUGCAUCGUCACCGCCGGCGCCCGCCAGAACCCGGGAGAAUCCAGGCUCAAUCUUCUUCAGCGGAACGUCGGCCUCUUUAAGAAGAUCAUCCCUCCAUUGGCGCAGCUUUCCCCCGACGCGAUUCUCCUAAUCGUUUCGAAUCCGGUCGAUGUGCUCACUUAUGUAGCGUGGAAGCUCUCCGGGUUCCCCUCGAAUCGGGUCAUCGGGUCGGGCACUAACUUGGAUAGCUCCCGGUUCAGGUUCUUGAUCGCUGACCAUCUCGAUGUCAAUGCCCAGGACGUCCAGGCGUACAUAGUGGGGGAGCACGGCGACAGUUCAGUGGCGCUGUGGUCGAGCAUAAGCGUGGGCGGGGUGCCGAUCCUGAGCUUCCUGGAGAAGCAGCAGAUCUCGUGCGAGAAGGAGACGCUGGAGAGGAUCCACAAGGAGGUGGUAGGUUCCGCGUACGAGGUGAUCAGUUUGAAGGGAUACACGUCGUGGGCGAUUGGGUACUCGGUGGCGAAUCUGGCGUUUUCGAUCCUGCGAAACCAGAGGAAGAUCCACCCGGUCACCGUAAUGGCCAAUGGGUUCCACGGCAUCGAAGCCGCUGGCGGCGGUGGCGAAGUAGGGGAGGUGUUCUUGAGCCUACCGGCUCUGCUGGGGAGAGGCGGCGCCUUGGCGGUGACGAAUGUGCACAUGACGGAGGAGGAGGCGCAGCGGCUCAGGGACUCGGCCAAGACUCUGCUCGAGUUGCAGAGGCAGUUGGACUUGGAGGUUUAAGAUGAGAGUGGUAACUUGUAAGUUGUAAGUCAUUUGGGAGAUUCAUGUGUACAUAUAACGAAACGAGUUGUUGCGUAGUUUGCAAGUGUUUCUGUCUCCCACGUCAUCCGUAGACCGUAGUUGGCUUUGGUAUUCCACGUAGUUGAGAAUGCUUUGAUCGGGGGAGUUUUCCUUUACAAGAAUUCAGUGAAGAAGAGAGUGCUUCUAUGCUCUCUUUGAUAUGCUAAUGGGGGUUACUCUGUUUUGUUGUUAACGAUAGAGAAAUCAAAUGUGGACUGAAACACAUUAAAAAAAAAACAAUUUGUACUGUGAAUAACCUGU